AUGGGCCCCUAUACCACCUCCUCAUGCUGCUGCCAAGUCCAGAGUCUCUUCAUGGGUCCCUGUACGGCCUCCCAUUGCUGCUGCUCCAUCGCCACACUCUGCCAUGUGCCACUUUCAGGUCUCCUCACACUGCUGGUGUGUUCCAUUUUUUGUCAUAGGGUGCUGGCAGAUUACGGGCCUCCCAUAGCUGCUGCCAGGCCCCUAAUCUGCCAUGGGCCCCCGUACCGACUCAACCUCAUGCUGCUGCCAGGCCCCUAAUCUGCCAUGGGCCCCUAUACCGCCUCCUCAUGCUGGCUGCCAAGUCCAGAGUCUGGUCAUGGGUCCCUGUACGGCCUCCCAUUGCUGCUGUCUCCAUCGCCACACUCUGCCAUGUGCCACUUUCAGGUCUCCUCACACUGCUGGUGGUUUCCAUUUUUGUCAUAGGGUGCUGUAUGGCCUCCCAUUGCUGCUGCCUCCACCGCCACACUGUGGCUCCACACUCUGGUUUGGCCCCGUGACUGCCCAAAUGAGUGAAGUGUGCGGUGAUUCUAAGAUCGACGGCACUCAUCUGCAUGUCAUACUGACUCACAACAGUAUUAUUUCUCUUCCCCAGCAGACUCCAAGGGCAUUUAAAUUAAAGGUACAGUGUUCUGCACUAAUAUAA